AAUUGCCGCCUCUCCUCUCGUGUCCUCUCCUCUCCUCCACCGGGGAAAGACAAGCCAAGGAAGGAUGCCGCGGAUCACUUCGGUGGAGAGCCCUGGGUGCCCGCCGCUCCGCGCCAUCACCACCGACAUCCUCGGCCUCAUAAAAGUCGUCGAGGCCCGCGCUAGGCCGGCGGGCGUCGCCAAGGUCGUCGAGACGUGGGGCGAACCGGACGCCUCCAGGGCCAUCCUCGUCGCUUCACUCGCCGACCGAUCCGUCGACCCCGUUUUGGCCGUCGCAAGGAAGAACGGUGUGGUCGAGUUGCUCAAUCCCCUCAAUGGUGAUGCUCUGGCCCUUGUCAAGUCCUCUAGGACAGACCAAACUGCCGGAGCUGUGGAAAAUGAUCCCAUAGUCGCCCUGCACCUCUUCACAAAACAUGCACCAGACUUAUCCACGUUAGGUACAUUUCUUGCUUGUACGGACAAGGGCAAAGCAAGUGUGACAUCUGUUGCAAAAGAAAACACGCCGUCUGACUCGGAUGUUGGGCCAUCAAGCACUUGGGACGUGUGUAACAAGGGUAAAUUGCAGUUUUCAUCUGUUGAUGCUCGUGAGAACUAUGCAAUGUUCGGAGGGAAUGGCAUGGAAGUGAACUUGUGGGAUAUCACAUCUUGUAGUAAGAUAUGGUCUGCUAAGUCUCCCCGAGCUAACAAUGUUGGUAUAUUUACUAAACCUUGGUUCACUGCUGGAACUUUCCUGUGCAAGGAUGAUCACCGUAAAAUUGUAGCCUGUACAAAUAAUCAUCAGGUUCGCUUAUACGAUACUGCUUCGCAAAGAAGAUCUGUUGUUUCAGUUGAUUUUAGGGAGUCACCAAUCAAGGCAGUUGUAGGGGAUCCAGAUGGACAUACUGUCUAUAUUGGGACAGCAACAGGAGACCUCGCUUCCUUUGACAUGAGAACUGGAAAACUACUCGGAUGCUAUGUUGGUAAAUGCAGUGGAAGUAUUAGGUCGAUAGCUAGGCAUCCGGAGCUGCCUUUGAUAGCAUCUUGCGGAUUGGACAGCUACUUACGAAUCUGGGAUACAAAUACAAGGCAGCCGCUUUCUGCUGUCUAUCUCAAGCAGCACCUCACAACAGUGGUUAUUGAUUCACAUUUCUCAGCUGAAGAAUCUGAGGAGAAUAAAUCCAAGCAGCCGGAUUCUUCAAUGGUUGCUGAAGUCCGAAGGGCAAAGAAGGAAAAGAAGAAUGUAUUGGUUGAAGAGGAUGAGGAAGGAACUCAAAUGGUGGAUCCUGAUGACUGUGAUGCUGAAGCAGUCAGAAAGGAAAAGAAGAAGAAAAAGAAGAAAACGGUUGCCGAGGAUGAUGGAACGCAAAUGGUCGACCCGGAUGAAGGCGAUGGUGAAACAGUCAGAAAGGAAAAGAAGAAAAAGAAGAAUAGAAGGGUUGCAGAGGAUGAGGAAGGAACUCAGAUGGCUGACCUUAAUGACAGUGAUGCUGAGAUGUAUGCCUCAAAGAGAAUAAAAUCUGAAUCCGGCGAAAGAAGCAAAGGCACGAAAAAGAAAAGCAAGAAGCAACAAGUUGCGUAAGACAUUUGGUCUGCUGGAAUUAUUGACUUCUGACCACGGUGCUUGCCUUGUGAAUUUGUAAAAGAAUGCCUUUUAAGUACAAGUUCAGUCAAACUUGAAUGGUAUGGUUCAUUUGUAAUUUUUCCUUGAAAUAUUACCUGCUGUUUUACAAUGUUAUGAUAAGUGAUUUGAAAUAUUAUCAAAACCGAACGGUAUGGUUCAUUUAUACUA